AUGUGUUCGCGAAACACCGGUUCCGGCAAACACGACAAACGAUUAGCUCUCGAACAAGAGAUCUCAUCCCUCAUCGAGAAGAGAGCGGUCCGCUUGGUGCCACCAAUGGAGCAGUUCACAGGCUUCCUGUUCUCCUUCUUUCUAACACCAAAGAAGGCGUCUGGCAAAUGGUGGCCGAUAAUCAAUCUGAAACCGCUCAACAAGUUUGUCAGACCCAAACGUUUCCGAAUGGAAACUCUCCAUGUAGUUCUAGAGUCAUUACCCACACCAGCGUGGGGAGCGUCAUUAGACCUAAAAGACGCGUACCUACACGUCCCCAUCUUCCAAGAGCACUCCCGAUUCCUUUGUUUUCGGUAUCAGGGGCGCACUUACGAGUUCACUGCCUUUCCCUUUGGGCUAUCAACCUCGCCAAGAGUGUUCACCAGGGUUGUGCGGGCAGUUGCAUCACGUCUCCGACGAGAAAACAUAAUGAGUUUUAUGUAUCUCGACGACUGGCUGAUAGUGGGAAAAUCAGAAGGCCAGACUGCUCAGAAUUUGAGGGAUACUUAUACGUUGACAACGAGGCUAGGCUUCAUCAUCAACGAAAAGAAGUCCCACCUAAUCCCGUCCCAGGAAAUCACUUUCCUGGGAGCAGAGAUUGAUUUACGCAGGGGCAUAGCCGUCCCCACAGGGGAACGUGUUACCAGCCUGCGGAAGUGCGUCAAACUUUUCCUAUCCGUUCAAGUCGCUCCAGCCCGAGCUUGGCUGAAACUUGUAGGGUUCAUGGCCAGCUUAAUGGACCUGGUUCAAUGGUGCAGACUGAGGAUGCGUCCUUUGCAAAUGCAUCUUCUGGCACAUUACAGACCAAAGACAGAUCCAAUCUCUCUAUUGGUCUCGAUUGACGAUGUCAUUCGGCCACACCUUCGGUGGUGGCUAAUGGAACAGAACAUUCGGUGCGGACGGAGCUUCCCCAGAGGGGAUCCUCACGCCAUAAUCUCCACCGACGCCUCCAACGAGGGCUGGGGAGCCUCCCUUCCCCCUCGACAAGCUGCAGGCACUUGGGACGACAACACUCGAUCCCUACAUAUCAAUGUUCUAGAACUCCAGGCUGUAGUCAAUGCCCUACACCACUUUCAAGCAGACGUAGUGGGUCGGUCUGUUCUAAUCAAGACCGACAACACGACAGUGGUAGCAUAUAUCAACAAACAGGGCGGUACAAGAUCACCCCAGCUGUGCUACCGGACUUGGGAAAUGUUUCAUUGGCUAAUCAGACAGUCGAUCUACGUGCCAUUCACAUUCCUGGUGCGGAAAACGACAUAG